ACCACAGUUCACACCGUCUAGUGAUCGUGAUGGAAGAUGGGUUCACACCACCUCGUAAUCGUGAUGGAAGAUGGGAUGGUAUUGGCAUCAAAUACUUUUGUGGUGUGUAAAUAAAUCUGCAAUCACUGAAAUAAGGGCUUAACACCUUUACAUCAUGCAAAAUAAGGUUAGUAGUGACUGUUUUUUUUAAUAGAGAAACUCACACAAAACUCUCCGAAAAACAAUCCCAAUUCGUUGACAACUUUCCUAUAAAAUAAUAUUGAGUCUAUUGGUGCCAUUUGCCAAGCCAUCUGUCACAGUGGUUCUCAAAGUGCGUUGCAGCGCCCUCAGUGGGGGUGUGGGUGGAAUUCUCGGGGUGCGGAAUAAUGCUAAUUAGAACUAUGGGGGGGGGGGCACAGAGGGUAUCUAAGAGGGCUGAUUUGGAUUCUAUUUUUUUUUAAAAUUAUACAAAAUUUGAAAACCAUUAUUUAAAAGUAUAAUCGAAUUUAAAAAAGAGUCAUACAUAGAAAUCAGUUAAUCAGUGCAGUUGGCUAUGUACAACAAGAUUUACUCCGUAGAUAUUUACUCAUUGCGGCGUAAUAAAUGUACUGUACAAAAGUACACUUUAAAAAGAACAUAUUUGUAUGUACAUUCAAUGGACGUAGACAUAACAAUCCUAACGUUGAUUUACUCUGGUGGUACUAUCAAUGACAGUAUGUUAACAUCAAGGACAGCACGUUACCAUCAAGGAAAGCUUGUUACCAUCAAGAACGGCUUGCUACCAUCAAGGACAUCAUGUCCCAAUCAAGGGCAGCUUGUUACCACCAAAGACACCUUGUUACCACCAAGGACAGCUUUUAACCAUCAAGGACAGCUUGUUACCGUCAAUGACAGCUUUUUACCAUAAAGGACAGCUUGUUACCGUCAACAAAAGCUUUUUACCAUCAAAACAGCAUGUUACCAUCAAAAACAGCUUUUUAGCAUCAAGGACAACUUGUAACAAUCAAGGACAGCUUGUUACCAUCAAGGACAGCUUGUUACCAUCAAGGACAGCUUGUUACCAUUAAGGACAGCUUGUUACCAUCAAGGACAGCUUGUUACCAUCAAGGAAAGCUUGUUACCAUGAAGGACAGCUUGUUACCAUCAAGCACAGCUUGUUACCAUCAAGGACAGCUUGUUAACAUCAAGGAAAGCUUGUUACCAUCAAGAACGGCUUGCUACCAUCAAGGAAAUCAUGUAACAAUCAAGGACAGCUUGUUACCAUCAAGGAGAGCAUGCGACAAUCAAUGACAUAUUGUUAUUAUGAAGGACAGCUUGUUACCAACAAGGACAGCUUGUUACCAUCAAAGAAACCUUUUUACCACCAAUGAAAGCUUUUUACAAUCAAAGACAGCUGGUUACCGUCAAGGACAGCUUUUUAUCGCACAGGACAGCUUGUAACCGUCAACAAAAGCUUGUUACCAUCAAAAACAGCAUGUUACCAUCAAGAGCAGCUUGUAACCAUCCAGGAAAGCUUGUUACCACGAAGGACAGCUUAUUACCACCAAGGACAGCUUGUUACUAUCAAAGAAAACUUGUUAUAAACAAGGAAAGCUUGUUACCUUCAAGGAAAGCUUGUUAAUACCAAGGACAGCUUGUUACCACCAAGGACAGUUUGUUUCUCUCAAGGACAGUUUGUUACUAUCAAGGACAGCUUGUUACCACCAAGGACAGCUUGUUACCACCAAGGACAGCUUGUUAACUCCCUGGAAGCUUGUUACCACCAAGGACAGCUUGUUACCUCUAAGGACAGCUUGUUACCAUCAAGAAAUGUUUUUUAUCACAAAGGAAAGUUUGCAACUACCAAGGACAGUUUGUUACCAUCAAGGACAGCUUGUUACGAUCAAGGAAAGUUUGUUACCAUCAAGGACAACUUGUUACAGUCAGGGACAAUUUUUUACCAUCAAGGACAGUUUGUUACCAUCAAGGACAGUUUGUUACCAUCAAGGACAGCUUGUUAACACCCAGGACAUCUUGUUACUACCAAGUUUAUUAAGUGUGGUUGUUAACAUCAGAGAAGCUGACAUGUAAGUGUGGUUGUUAACAUCAGACAAGCUGAUAUGUAAGUGUGGUUGUUAACAUCAGACAAGCUGACAUGUAAGUGUGGUUGUUAACAUCAGACAAGCUGACAUUAAGGUUUGGUUCUUAACAUCAUACACGCUCACAUGUAAGUGUGGUUGUUAACAUCAUACAAGCUGACAUGUAAGUUCGUUUGUUAACAUCAUACACGCUGACAUGUAAGUGUGGUUGUUAACAUCAUACAAGCUGACAUGUAAGUUCGUUUGUUAACAUCAUACACGCUGACAUGUAAGUGUGAUGUUUGCAGUCUUGUUAACAUCAGACACGCUGACAUGUAAGUGUGAUGUUUGCAGUCUUGUUAACAUCAUACAAGCUGACAUGUAAGUGUGAUGUUUGCAGUCUUGUUAACAUCAGACAAGCUGACAUGUAAGUGUGAUGUUUGCAGUCUUGUUAACAUCAGACAAGCUGACAUGUAAGUGUGAUGUUUGCAGUCUUGUUAACAUCAGACAAGUUGACAUGUAAGUGUGAUGUUUGCAGUCUUGUUAACAUCAGACACGCUGACAUGUAAGUGUGGUUUCAAAGUACGUUUAAUAUGUUAAAUUUUUCUGCAUCAUUACAAUCAAAUUAGGAAAUAUAUAUAUAUUUCUCCCCCCCCCUCUCUCUCUCUCUCUCUCUCUCUCACUUUUCUCUUGCUCUUACAGCUCUCAUUUCGCCCCUCUCUUUUCUCUAUUCUGUGCUCUCUCUCUCCCUCUCUCUCUCUCUAUAAAUAUAUAUAUACAUAUAUAUAUAAAUGUUAUAUCCUUAUAUGAAUUUGGUUGGCCAGAUUUCAUUCAUUGUCUCUACAUAAGUACAUAAGUUUUUUUUUUUCUUAAUUUGAAUUUGUUUGUUUGUUUCAAAAUUUGAUGAUGCGCUUUGCUGUUGCAGUGACCUAAGAGUUGCCAAGUUGUUUGUUAUCUAUGAUCAUCAAACUACACCAUCAUCUCAUGGUGACCAAAUGAAGAACGUAAACUGACGUUUAUAGCCUAACUGAUAGACCUAAAGGGAGUCCUAUCUGGGUACUCAUCUUGAGAUUGUUAAAAGGUUAAAACGUGUGUGCAGAAUCGCAUCGACAUUGUACACAGAAGAGCAAUAUCCAAGAUGGCGGACGAGACAUUUACUGACGAAUCGGAAUGGGUGCCCACGUCACAUCGUGCCAUUUCAAAACAGUCCUCCAGGAGGCGCCCCUCGUCGAUUGGCUCCGUUGAUUCCGGCUACUCCAUCCGAUCUGGAUCAGCGUACUACGCCAGGCCGCCCAUCGUCCACAGGCGUGCGCCCCCUCCAUUACCACUCUCCAUCACCGGUAGGACGCCCCCGACUAGGCCCCCGCCACCACCCCCACGCAGAAGACAAUGCUCCACGUCCCAACCUAACCACCCAACCAGCAACUCACAUCGUCACAGAACCAGAACUAACCAGGACUGCCCGAGUCUAAUCAUUCGGAGGCGCUAUUUGGUGAUCAUUUGCUGCGUGUCCUUGACCUUGAGCACAAUGUGCAUCAUUAUGUUUGGCCUGAUGUGGAUAAGAUCCUCGAGAGACCCCUUAGAGGUUUGCGUGGACUGCAGUGGGCUGAACGUGUCCACCAUUGGAACUGAUGUGCUGACAAAGAGAUACGACGGGCAGUGCUGUGCCCAUACAAAGGAUCAGUUCUCGACGCUCAUCGGACUGGUCAGUAUAUAAGGACAUUGAGUUUAACUCUGCUAAAUGCGAAGUACUUUUUCCAUUAACAUUUUUUUUUAAAGUUAAAAAGACUUAUUUCGAAGACGAGUUUAAGCGCUCUACAAAUUGGAGAAUAAUUUCUUAAAAAAUUAUUACGCAAAAAAAUUUCUGAGCAGAAAGAUAUUAAGAACUUUAUGAUACCAAAAGAUUUCAAUCAAAUUUUAAAGAUACUUAAAUGUUUUAUCUUCUAAUUUUUGAAAAUUGACUCCGACUCCACAUUGACUUUCUUUGCAUAAUUAAUUUUCUAUUUCUUUAGUUGAAAGAAAAACUUAAAAAAAAAUAAUAGCAAAUAUAAUUUUAAAAUAUUCUACUUUAUAGUUUAAGUAUGAAGAUUUUAAUAAGUAAAUUAUCUACUAAAGACGUGGGUGUUAUUUUUAUACAACGAAAGCUUGCAACAUAGCUCUUUACCAGGCAUACAACUGGCAAGUAGAAUUUACCGAUUACUUGCCAUCCGUUGAUAAGACAACAAAAUUCUAGUUACCGAAAUGCUAUGCCCCAACCACUGCCCCAUCCCGUCCCAACAUCCUACGGUUAGAACCGAUGGUUUGGAGGCGAAGGUCUGGGCUGUUUUUUUAUUUUUUUAUUUCACAUCGCUCAACACCCCCCUCCCCCCCCCCCCCCCUUUUAUUUCCGAUCCAGCAUACACGAGAUAAACUGAAUCGACCGAACGAGAGAGUCAUGCGUCAACACUCACAAAAAAAAUCAAACAAGAUGGAAUACAAGAAGAAAAAAAGUCUUUAAUCAUAAACAUUUACAAAAUCAUAAUUGGGUAUAUAGUAUAUAAAAUACAGGAGCGCAUAUCCCGAAAUGACGUGAAAACUGGUUGGAUUUCAUUGAACCCUUUUGUCAAGCCUGUUAUUUAAAUAUAGCACCCGUAUGUCAAUAUGUCCGUAUGUCAGUAUGUCCGUAUGUCAGUCUGUCCGUAUGUCAGUCUGUCCGUAUGUCAGUAUGUCAGUAUGUCCGUAUGUCAGUAUGUCCGUAUGUCCGUAUGUCAGUAUGUCCGUAUGUCCGUAUGUCAGUAUGUCCAGCUUGAUUAUUAAACUAUGGUACUCGUAUGUUGCGCGUGGUAUUCCAGUUAUGUAAAGUUUAAUUUUAAAGAAUUUUCCUAGAUUUUGGGGCAGUAGGAUCUCUUUGUCCAGCUGAUUAGGUCAAAGGGCGGACAGUGUUUGGCUUUUGUUCAGCUGAUUAGGUCAAAGGGCGGACAGUGUUUGGUUUUUGUCCAGCUGAUUAGGUCAAAGGGCGGACAGUGUUUGGUUUUUGUCCAGCUGAUUAGGUCAAAGGGCGGACAGUGUUUGGUUUUUGUCCAGCUGAUUAGGUCAAAGGGCGGACAGUGUUUGGUUUUUGUCCAGCUGAUUAGGUCAAAGGGCGGACAGUGUUUGGUUUUUGUCCAGCUGAUUAGGUCAAAGGGCGGACAAUGGUUUUUAUUUCUUAAUCAGAUUUGUUUCCUCGACGUUACAUAAUGUGGAUAUCAAUAAUAUAGAUUAUCAAUUUUAUUUGCUGUUUCAUUUUUAAAAAAUACCCAACCCUGCUUGUGAGCAAUACCUUAUCUUUAUUGACAAAACAAUACCUUAUUUUUAUUGACAAAACAAUACCUUAUUCUUAUUGACAAAACAAUACCUUAUUUUUAUUGACAAAACCAUACCUUAUUUUUAUUGACAAAACAAUACCUUAUUUUUAUUGACAAACAAUACCUUAUUUUUAUUGACAAAACAAUACCUUAUUUUUAUUGACAAAAUAAUACCUUAUUUUUAUUGACAAAACAAUACCUUAUUUUUAUUGACAAAACAAUACCUUAUUUUUAUUGACAAACAAUACCUUAUUUUUAUUGACAAAACAAUACCUUAUUUUUAUUGACAAAACCAUACCUUAUUUUUAUUGACAAAACAAUACCUUAUUUUUAUUGACAAACAAUACCUUAUUUUUAUUGACAAAACAAUACUUUAUUUUUAUUGACAAAAUAAUACCUUAUUUUUAUUGACAAAACAAUACCUUAUUUUUAUUGACAAAACAAUACCUUAUUUUUAUUGACAAAACAAUAAAUUAUCUUUAUUGACAAAACAAUACAUUAUUUUUAUUGACAAAACAAUACCUUAUUUUUAUUGACAAAACAAUACCUUAUUUGAUUGACAAAACAAUGCCUUAUCUUUAUUGACAAACAAUACCUUAUUUUUAUUGACAAAACAAUACCUUAUUUUUAUUGACAAAACCAUACCUUAUUUUUAUUGACAAAGCAAUACCUUAUUUUUAUUGACAAAACAAUACCUUAAUUUUAUUGACAAAACAAUACCUUAUUUUUAUUUACAAAUCUUUUCACCGUGUUUUAAUAUUAGAUAUUCGUUUUGUUUCUCCCUGGCCAACAAACAGGUUCUAGAGCGGAUUACACAGAAUUUAAAUUGUAAGUAAAUUAACAAAACUAGAAUAACAUUCUUAAAUAACGUUUAAGAUAAGAUUCCAUUUAUAUAAACUGUUUUAUUUGUAUAAAAAUUCCCUUUAUAUUUGUCAUUAUAACUAGGAUCAGCUAAUAAGUUGUUUACUCUUUGCAAAGUCCGUUUACGACUUCUUACAACCCGUCCUGCUCAGUAGACUGGGGCAAAACAUGAGACUCCACCAGUCCUGCAAAGUAGACUGGACAAAACAUCAGACCCCAACUGUCCUACUAAGUAGACUGACGCAAAACAUGAGACCCCACCAGUCCUGCUGAGUAGACUGGGACAAAACGUGAGACCCAACCAGUCCUGCUAAGUAGACUGGGACAAAACAUGAGACCCCACACGUCCUGAUAAGUAGACUACGACAAAACAUGAGACCCCACCAGUCCUGCUAAGUAGACUGGGACAAAACAUGAAACCCUACCAGUCCUGCUAAGUAGACUGCGACAAAACAUGAGACCCCUCCCUUCCUUCUAAGUAGACUGGGAAAAAAAAUGAGACCCAACCCGUGAUGCUAAGUAGACUGGGACAAAACAUCAGACCCCACCUGUCCUACUAAGUAGACUGGUGCAAAACAUGAGUGCCACCAGUCCUGCUUAGUAGACUGGGACAAAACAUCAGACCCCACCUGUCCUACUAAGUAGACUGGUGCAAAACAUGAGACCCCACCCGCCCUGCUAAGUAGACUGGGGCAAAACAUGAGACCCCACCAGUCCUGCUAAGUAGACUGCGACAAAACAUCAGACUCCACCAGUCCUGAAAAGUAGACUGGACAAAAAAUCAGACCCCAACUGUCCUACUAAGUAGACUGGUGCAAAACAUGAGACCUCACCAGUCCUGCUGAGUAGACUGGGACAAAACAUGAGACCCAACCAGUCCUGCUAAGUAGACUGGGACACAACAUGAGACCUCAAACGUCCUUACAAGUAGACUUGGACAAAACAUGAGACCCCACCUGUCCUUCCAAGUAGACUGGGACAAAACAUGAGACCCCAUACGUCCUGCUAAGUAGACUGGGACAAAACAUGAGACCCUAUCCGUCCGCUAAGUAGACCGGGACAAAACAUGAGACGCCACCCGUCCUGCUAAAAGGACUUGGACAAAACAUGACACACGUCAAGAGUCCAAAAAUGAACAUUCCAUUGAUAUUCAUUGUGAAUACUAAUAUAGUAAUGGGAAUCAUUGCUUUUAUUUCAUAGAAAAUAUUUUCUUUUUCAUUUAACGGCAGGUAUCUCUUUGAGUCCCUCUAUGGCUCAUUUGACUUUCAAAAGUAAGUAUCAAACAUUUUUAUGUGUAUAUUUGCUUAAGGCUAAAUUUUACAAGGAACAAAGCGUGAAGUGAUAUUGAAAGAUUUUAUUAAAUUAUCUAAGUUUUGCCCAUCUCCUAAAUGUGCACCACCAUCUUCCCAAAGUAUACCACCAUCACCUAUCUAUCUAUCGCACAUAUUCUGGUGAAGGUCUGAGAUUACUCUAUUAUGACCCCGGCUAGUAAAUUGGCUAAUCAACUCCAUCAGUUGAGCUGAGCCAUACAACAUUUCCCUCACAAAGGAUCCUCCAACCGCCCUGGCUUCCCCCGGGAGAUCUAGUGCGGGACAUUCAGUCAACAGAUGUUCUAGGGUCUCUGGGGCCAGGCUGCAAUGCCGGCAGGUAGGAUCUCUGUUGUUGUCCAACCUCCAGAAAUAUGUGCGCAAGGGGCAGUGCUCGGUGCGCAUCUGCGUCACUAGACUCUGCGAUCUACGACCUAACUCCCACCAUGGGUCAUGUUUGCUAGGAGUGGGCAAAUUCGAAUAGACGCCUCUGGUGGUCGUGUUGUCAGCCCAUUGCCUGUACCACUUCUGCCUGAAGUGGUCCGCCAGCCAGUUUUUGACUUCCAAGAAAGUCAUUGGUACUUCUGGCUGAGGCUGGGCAGCCCCGGUUUUCGCCACAGUGUCAGCUAUCUAAUUGCCACUGAUGUUGACAUGCCCUGGUAUCCAUUGUAUUUCAACCUUGCACCCUAUUUCAUCAAGUCUGCAUAUGUCGUUGUGAAUGACAUCAACCAAGCGAGUGGUCCCCCCUCUCUUCUCCAGGAUCUCAAGAGCAGAUCUUGAGUCUGAGAAGACAACAAUACCAAGCCCCGCAUGCUCCGUCCCUCCCAGAGUAAUAUGGACUCUCUCCAGUGCCAUGUGAAUAGCUAUGAGCUCCGCGUCAAAGUUUGACGCUGUAGUCCCACAAGGCCCCGAGAGUUUUUCAUUAGGUGGUCCACCUACUGGGUACUGAAUAAGCGCACCGUACCCAGCAGUUCUUUUCUUAAGAUACAUGGUCUCAAGGGCAGCCACUCUCUGUACAUGUUCAGGGCUGCGUUUCGUCACUGCUGCAUCUGUCAAGGCCAAAUGUAUGGAGGGACGUGAGGGUUCCGCAUAAGGCGGAUUAACUGGGAUUUGGUUCAGACGUUCUCUAUUUGGGGGCAGGGGGACUGCCCGUUCCAGCUCCACGACCUGGUGCAUGAAAGGGGACCUCUUUAGUCUCCUGCCGCCCACCCAGUUAUUUUGCAUUUGAAAGGCUGGUUCGUUUUCACCAAGCCGUCGGUACCUCUCUACGGUAUUUAAAAUGGAUUUUUCCCUCCUAAUUUGUAGCGGUUCUACAUUGGCCAAGACUUCUACAGCAGCUGUGGGAGUAGUCCUGUAUGCGCCACAGAUGAAUCUCAGAGCCUGAUUCUGGAUUCGGCCCAGUUUUUCCAGUGCGGUCUUGCUUGCAAAGGAUUGGACCGGCAUGCUGUAAUCCAUCACCGACCUUACACUGCUUAGAAAGAGAGCUCUAAGCGUACUUGCGCUCGCGCCCCAACUUGUGCAAGCCAAUUUUUUCACCAGGUUGAGCUUGGCGGUCGCCUGGGAGCAGAGGUCCUGUACAAAAUUGGGCAUUUGUACCUUUUGGUCCAGCUUAACUCCCAGGUAGACCGGUUGUUUGUCCCACUUGAGCGCUACAUCGCCCACCUUGAGCUCGAUCUCCUGUUUGAGAAUGGUCCGCCCAUUUGUGAAUAGUGAAUAGACCGUCUUCUCGGUGUUAAUUUCCUGAUGCCACCGCCGCAUGUACCUGUUAAUAGCAGAGAGGUCCUGCUGUAGUAGCGUUUGCAGGCGGUGGACAUCUUUACCGGUGCUCCAGAUUACCAAAUCGUCCACAUACAUAACAGAGCUAGUCGUUAGCACCUGUGGCAGGUCAUUGAUGUAUGCAAGGAAGAGGGUGCAACUGAGGGCAGACCCCUGCGGGAGUCCCUCCUCAAGUGUCCUCUUCCUGGAGGUUUCACCGCCGAAUUUCGUGUUUAUCGUCCGGUUUGUGAGGAAACCGGAGAUCCACCUGUACAUGUUCGCGGUUACUCCCAACUUCUGCAACUUCAACAAUAGACCGGACCUCCAAACUCGGUCAUAGGCUUGUUUGAGGUAAAAAAAUACUGCCACUGUAUGGGAUUUCUUUUGGAGCCCAUCUGUUAUGGACUGGAGAAGACGGAGCACUUGGUCCACAGGCUGCAUUCCCUUGCGGAAGCCCGCCUGUAUUGGGCUGAGACUCUUAGUGCUCUCCAAGUGCCAGUAGAGUCUCUGGUUGACCAUUCUCUCGGCUACCUUCCCUAACAUCGAUGUCAGGGAGAUCGGACGAUAGCCGUCAGGUUUAUCGAGUUUCUUCCCUUCUUUGGGAAUAGGGACGAUGGUAGCGCUCAGCCAAGCUCUGGGUAGGAUUCCCGUUACCCAUGUUCUGUUGAUAAUUUCCAAUAGCGUUGUCCUUGCUAUUGGGCCAAGGUUUUUAAUCAUUUCAUUGCAGAUCUUGUCCUGACCUGGUGCCUUGGCGGCGUCACACUUGUUAAUGGCGGUUUGCAAUUCGACCAAAGUGAACCACCAUCACCUCAAUGUACACAUUCGACUUUUCAAUGUACACUACCAUCUCCUCAAUGUACGCUACCAUCUAUCCAAUUUACAACAACGUAUCCCCAAUUUUCACCACCAUCUCCCCGAUGUACACCACCAUCUCCUCAAUUUACAUCACCAUCUCCUCACUGUAAAUCACCAUCUCCUCAAUGUACACCACCCUCUUAUCAAUGUACAUCACAAAGCCCUCAAUGUACGCUACGAUUUACCCUAUGUACACUAACAUAUCCUUAAUGUACACCACCAUCCCCCAAGCACACCACCAUCUCCUCAAUGUAAACAACCAUCUUCCCAAAGUACACCAUUAUAUCCCAAUGUACACCAACAUCUCCCUAAUGUACACCACCAUCUCCUAAAUUUACCCCACUAUCUCUUUAAUGUGCACCACCAUCUUCCCAUUGCACACCACCAUCAACCAUAUGUACAUCCUCAUAUCCCCAAUGUACACGACCAUCCUCUCAAUAUACACCCCCAUCUCCCAUAUGUACACAACCAUCUAUCAUUUAUACACCACUAUCUCCCUUAUGAACGCCAAAAUCUCCCCAAUGUACACCACCAUCUCCAAUAUGUUCGAGGCCAUAUUCCUAAUAUACACCACUAUUUCCCCAAUGUACACCACGAUCUCCCCAAUGUACACCACCAUCUGCCAAAUGUACACAUCCAUCUCCCCAAUGUACACCACCAUCUCCCCAAUGUACACCACGAUCUUCCCUAUGUGCAUUACCAUCUCCCCAAUGUACAUUACUUUUAAUUGAAAUUUUAUGUUAACAAUAAUUCAUGAUUAUAAGAUGCCGUUAUGUAGACAAAGCACCCCCACUCCCCCCCCCACCCCCCCCCCCCCCCCCCCCCACUCCCCAAAAGAUUUCACAGCUUGAAUUAAAAUUUUAAAGGAAUUAUGAUAUGGGAUAUAAAGCAUGUAUUAAAAUAUUAUAUCCCCUUUUCAGGGUUUCUUUCAGGGUAUAGUACGUAUGCAGGUCAAAAUGACCCGGCCAGCUUGAUAGGUUGAGAUCAGGGCUGCCACUCACAUUUUUAAAAUUUCCCAAGAUUUGUUGAAUAAAUUUCCCAAGAUUUCCCAAGAUUUCCCAAGAUCAUAAAAAUAUAUAAGAGUUUUUUUUUUAAAAGUAAGUUUUCUCUGUAAUUAAUGUAAUAAUAGAUUGAAUUAAUGCCCCUGAAAAAUAUGGUACAUUAAUUGACUGAAAUUUAUUGAAAAAGACAUUUUAAAAAAUGUUUAUCACAUAAAAAAACAAUUUGUUUUAAAAAAAAUAAUUUAUAAUCCAAAACAAUUAAAACAAUUAUUUUUUGCUUUGUUACUUUAAAAAUUAUUUUGCUUUAUUUUCACUUUAUUUUUUAUCACAUAUUAUUGCGUUUUUUCGAAAGAUAUAAUAAAAUUUUCCCACCAGUUAAGAUUUCCCAAGGUUUUGCCUGAUUUUCAAAAUUAUUCCCCAGAUUCCAAGGGGGGUCGUGAAUUCCCAAGAUCUUGGGAAAUUUCCCAAGGUGUGGUAGCCCUGGUUGAGAUCCCUUUGCCUUAACCUUGGCGUAGUCAAUGACAUCACAUGAUUUUUUCAUAACUUUUUUAUAGGCUUAUUUGUAUCCCGAAGUGGACGUAGCGAAAGUCAAUGUUUGAGUCGAACUGAUUGAGAAAUUACCCAUAAUAUUUAUUGAAGAUAAAAAUGACGUUCUUCCAAAGAACCAAAUCAGAAAUGUCUCCAUGACUUUAACCCCUCGGUAGCGUGUCAAUCCUCCCCAUUAUACAUUUGAACCCCUAGAUUUGUGUCAGUUUGAAGCACAAGUCACUGUCAAGCUAAACGGCUCGAGUGAACCCCACCGAUACUUACAUCUACUUAAUGAAAGGGCCUUAUACUGAUACACAGAUGCUGCUUUGAAAAACUGUCCUUAGACACCCUCCUUAGAACCCCCCAACUCUUUAAACAACUGAUGUUUUGUUUCACUACUGACAGAGAGCAGUUCCUCAACACUUGAGUUUGAUGCUAACUUAACAAGAUCUGUGGGGGACUCGAUGGAGAUUGAUACCACCCAGCCCAGACUCAUGAUUAAAACCCCCGGAUUGUAUUUCAUAUAUUCAAGUAUUUACUUCAAGUCGAAUCAAACCUGUAAAGUAGGAGAGGAGGUGAAUGAAGAUAUUACUUUAACUAAAACAAUUAAAUGUUAAAAAUAUCCGAAAGGGAAGACACGUAUUUAAUCCAUCUACUGGGUUUCAUUUUUAGCAUUAUUAACAAUAAUAAAAUUUUAAAAAAACAACAGUAGAUGGUAAAAAUGAAUCCACCAAGAAUCUUGGGCGGCCGUACAAGCAAAAUCAAAACUGUGUAGGAUGCAAGUGUCGGAAUGAGUUUAUGAAUUGUCCUAUUGAUAGAUACAAAAAAAAAAUAAUAUAAUACCUGAUUAUUAUAUUAUGUACAUGGGCAUUCUGUCCAGUAUCUAAUUCUGUACUGAACCUUUUGAAAUAUACCUAUUAAUUAAGUAUUCUUUACUGUACAUUAACUAUGAUUUCUAUCUAGUUCUUCUAAGCAUUCAGUACACACACCUAGAAUUCUAAACAUAUACCUGAGUAUUUUAUUUUAUCCACUCAUUAGACAUUAUUCUAAGUUCCAUACGACGCACAAUGUUUGAAAAUUAAACACAUCAUAGGGCACAGAUUUUAAUAAGUCCGUACAAUCUGUGAGAAUCCAAGCAAGAGUCACAAUAUAACUUGUAACAAAUCCCUUCUAUGAAAAGCUUUCCCUGAUUCUUGUCUUCAUUCCUCACCAGUCGGAACUCGAAUAGCGUUUGGAAGAGCAGAAUUCAUUUUUCCUUGAAGAAACUAAUCUUGAUUGACAUACGUUAGAAAAUAAUUCAUCUAGCUGAUGAUUCCUGUAGUUGACCAGUGGCCAUCUUUUUACAACUUAAUGCGCAUUUUUUAAUUUUUUUUAAGUCCCAGAUGUGUGAGCAGAAUGUGUUCAAAGGGUCCUCUGAACGACUCAAGGUCAGUCUGUUAAGGUCUGUACACAAGUGCUGUAGCCAAGGUCAAUUCACCAGCUAUGCAGGUAAAAAUAAAUAUAUAAAGGUAUACAUUUUAGUAAAUUUGGAGGUAAGUAGUUAUCAAUAAAGGUAAACAUAUAGUUGGUAUCCAAGUAAGAAUUUAUCAAUGAAAGUUAUAACAGUUUAGGUAGUUGGUAGCAUGAUCAAUUCUGCUCACGACUUAAACAUUUACCAACGUCUAGUUCGAUAUUUCGUUGUGGCGGAUCCACCAGAUUUCAAUAAAAGACUCACUGAACAUAAACCAUGUAUUAACUGUCAGCUUAAUAACAUCCCAGGAACCUGCGAUGUAAGCAUUGGAAUGUUCUUACCAUAACUUAAAUAUAUCAACGAAAAUGGGUAAAAAAAUAUUUGAAAAUGUUAUAAUUGGAAAUCAUAGAAUACAGGUUCUUAACCUGUAGUCCUUAGUAAUUUUAUGAUAUGGAUUUAAAGUUCUGUUUAAGUGUCCCUAGUAUCGCUUUUUUGACACCGUAUUACUCAAUGAGUUCUAAUAAAUGUCAAUAUGCAAUAUGGUUGCACCUGUUCAUCUGUGUAAUGACGGUAUGUUCGGAUGUGUAAUGAUUUCAUGUUCAGAUGUGUAAUGGUGUUAUGUUCACAUGUGUAAUGAUUUUAUGUUCAUCUGUGUAAUGAUAUUAUGUUCAGCUGUGUAAUGAUGUUAUGUUCAACUGUGUAAUGAUUUUAUGUUCAGAUAUGUAAUGAUUUUAUGUUCGAUAUGUAAUGAUUUUAUGUUCAGAUGUGUAAUGAUGUUAUGUUCAGCUGUGUAAUGAUGUUAUGUUCAUCUGUGUAGCGAUUUUAUGUUUAGUUGUGUAUUGAUGUUAUGUUCAGCUGUGUAAUGAUUUUAUGUUCAGAUGUGUAAUGAUUUUAUGUUCAGCUGUGUAAUGGUGCUAUGUUUCAGGUGGACUGUUCUCAUUGGCUGCUGGGGACAUCAUCUUUGUGUCCGUCACGGACACCUCUCUCAUUGACUUUGACCCCGCGGCGUCGUACUUGGGUUUGAUGAUGGUCAGGAGUUGACAAUGAACUCAGUCAGGAGUUGACAAUGAACUCAGUCAGGAGUUGACAAUGAACUCAGUCAGGAGUUGACAAUGAACUCAGCCAGGAGUUGACAAUGAACUCAGUCAGGAGUUGACAAUGAACUCAGUCAGGAGUUGACAAUGAACUCAGUCAGGAGUUGACAAUGAACUCAGUCAGGAGUUGACAAUGAACUCAGUCAGAGGCAGGAAUAACUCUUGAUUGUUUAAAUUAAUCUUGUCAGUAGACAAGCGUAAGACGAGGGCAAUUCCUGAGUCAGAGAAACAAUUCAGGUUUACUCAUUAAAAUUGUGAAACCGAUGACGUCGUGGCUCACAACAAACAAAUGGAAUUUUGGUUUGUUCACGCUUGGUUGCCAACUAUGGCAUUAGUUACACUGGAGAUCACGCGAAGGAAUUCUUGACAGAACUUAUAAUUUUGUCUUAAGAAGAUGUUGAGUCCUAGAUUGUGACACAAGAGAUCACUAAAGAAUAGUUCCCAAUUUGUUGCCCCUCCCCCUCCAUAGAGUACACCCAGAGCGCCGCCUCUGAUGCCGAUAUCUAUUUUUAAGGGGCAAUAAGUUCAAUAAGUAGAGUCACCAAUUUUGGUGUAACCCUUCUGGGCAAUUUCUUUCUUUUAGGGUGGGGGUGGAGGUGUUUUCCUUGAGGAGAAUGCUGGCAUACAGUGUGACCUUCAACCUGCGUGAUAUACUCCCACGACAUAGCCAAGAUAUAUUCUUUUCACUGCCCAAUAGCGUAUUAUUAAUUGCAUUUUUAACGCAUUGACCACUGUCCACUGACAUAGCAUACUUUACAAUGAACUGCUCAGCUAUAUGAGCAAGGGCAUUUUAUGGAGAGUUUAUUGUUUAAAGUUACAUGUGUGGACGUUACACUUUGAAUGUACACUUUCACUGCAAGAUUGUACAAGGUUCUUUAAAUGAACACAUUCACUGCAGGGUUUGUACAAGUUACUUUAAAUGUGCACAUUCACUCAAAAUAUAACACACUGCAAGAAUGUACAAGGUACUUUGAAUGUACACAUUCACUGCACAUUCACUGCAAGAUUGUAC